AUGUCACGCUGCCCAGGGAGUUCUCGCUCGAGGGAAGAAUUGCAGGGCUACUAUGAGCCCGUCGGCCCUAACUGGACGGGUGUCGAAACACCAGCAUUUCAAUCCUCUUUCAUGGGAGUGACACCAUCGCCAUAUUGCACAGAGCCUAUGGUCCCGCAUCCAGCUAUCCUCACGCCCAUCUCCCUCCCGGAUAGUACAUUCCGUCCGAGCCCUGCACUCAGUCAAACUCACCAGUCCCAAGAGUAUCCAUCACAAGACUAUAGCUACAACAUCAGCAACUCCCUCCAACCACAGGGUCUGGGCAUCAACCUACAAUUUCCCAGCGAAUAUCCUCGAACAGCAGCUCCCAUCACUAACUAUGCCUAUACUUCAAACGACCAGCAUUAUGGCAUGGGCUAUACGCCCAACAUGUCACCCGCAGCCCCGGCACCUAAGCGCAUGAAACGCACUUCAUCAGACAUGAGAACACCAUCACGCGACACCCGCACUCCGCUCAGUAUCCUGCCCGAUCCAGAGGGCGUGGAACGCCUCGAGCGCGAGCGUAGCCAAAGCACGCCAGGUCCAGCACCAAUGCCGCCAAAACCUCGUGCAGCAGGUCGUGGACGGCGAGAUCCCAAAGCAGAAGAGGAAGACGCAUUUGUCGAGGAGUUGCGCGAGCAGAAUGUGUCGUGGAAGAGAGUGCGGCGAAUGUUCUUUGAGCGGUUCAAUCAAGAUGCCACCGAGGCUCGGCUGCAAAUGCGACUGAAUCGUCGAAAGAAGGAACGAGUCGGGCGCUGGGAAGAGCAUGAUGUUCAGCUGCUCCUCUCCGCUUCCGACAUGUGGGAGAUCGAGAGGUAUCAGUUCAUCGCUGAAAAGAUGAAAGAACUGGGCUGCACAAAAGAAUACACGCCCGAUCAAUGCAGAGCUCAACUACGGCACCUCGAGGCUAAACAACGACACACAAACUCAGGCAGCAAUUCCCCUUCAGUAAUAUCCGAACUUGUCGAAUCUCCCACUAAUCCCCCACCAACAUCACGGAAGCGAGCGCGCCAGGAAUUCGAUGAUUGA